AUGUCUACAACUAGUUCUACUUCGUCUACACCUCAAACAUCGACGAUAAGAAAUAAAAAGAUAAUAUCAAUAGAAAGCGAUAUCGAAAAGGCUAGAUCAGAGAAGGAUUGGAACUCUCUUUUAUCAUUGUUAAAAAAAUAUUCAAAGAUUACUGCUUCAAAUAAUGAAAAUGUACUUGAAUAUUUAGUGCACGCAGAAAGAUAUAUUGCAGACAAUAAUUAUAUAGAUGCACAAUUAAUGUUAAACAAGGCAUUAAUGUUAAAACCAGAUGAUCAAGAAGUGGUAGCAUAUAUUGGUAUUGUUGAUUAUCAAAGAAAUGAUAUAAACAAGGCCAUCGAUCAUCUAAGCAAAUUGUCUAAUCCCUAUGCACAACAAAACAACAAUGAAAUGAUUUUAAACCCAAGAAAGGUAAAUCUACUUUUACAUGCCUUUAAUGUCAAAGGAAAGUGUCAAGAAUAUCAAGGAAAAGGUGAAGAUGCCAUUGAAUCUUACAAGAAUGUCAUCAAUAUUACCUUUAGAUACUUUAAGUUUACAAAGUCGAUUGAUCAACAAGCCAAACCUUUUAUCAUUGAUUCUUAUAUUAGAAUUGCAAUGAUUCAUCGUUAUUAUUCUAAAAUACAAGAAAGUAUCAAAGACUUUAGAAAUUGUUUAUCAAGUCAAGUUGGUCUAAAUUUAUCAAAUUACCGUUUGGCACUUGUCAGCCUUGGCCAUUUGUUAUUAAGAAAUACUUGUUCUCAAAGUUAUCAAUCAAUUUAUCAAACAACUAGCAGUGCUGAUCAACAAUCACCAUUACAUACAUCUUCUACCUCUUCUGAAAUUAACAAGUUAAAUCAACAAACUCCAACUGUUUCAGCCUCCAGUACCUAUGUACCAAAUAACCAAGUUGAAGAGGCCAUUAUGGUUUUGCUUCAUGCUGAAGAUGUUCAAUCGAUCCUCUUGGAAUCAUCAUUGCUCUCUAAUGACUCUACUUCAUCCACCUCAAUGUUAUUAUCACCUCUUUCCAUUCAAAAUUCUCUGGCUGCAGAGUCAACAGCUGCUUCUAAUGGUUCAGCAGCAACUGCCCAAACUACAAAUGGCGAGGAUGAUGGUGACGACCAAUCUAGUUCUCAUUCUCCCGCUCCUGUAUCGAUAAACUCUCCCUCUGAAAAAGAUAUGCUUAUAUAUGAUGAUUUGUGUAUGGCAUAUUGUCGUAAAGAACAAUAUUAUCCAGUAGUUGAGAUUUAUGAAAAAUCAUUAUCAUCAAAGUUUGGAGAAACUCAUAGAUGGAUACAAUUAGCAUUAUCAUUAUACAGUUCAGGAAAAUAUAAAAGAUCACUCUUUAUAAUUGAAGAAUGUCUUGCAACAAAUCCAAAGAAUAUAACUCUUAUUUUAUUGGCUUCAAAGAUUUGCAUCAAUCAUUUAAAUCAGUUAUCAAAAGGAAUUAUAUUUGCAAAGCAAGCAAUUUCAAUAUUGGAUUCAUCAACUAGUGAUAAUAUUUUACAAAGUAGAGCCUAUUUAUCAAUUGGUGUUGCCUAUGAAAAGAGAGCAUUGGAAUGUAAAUCAUACAAUGAAAAACAAACAAAUCAAGAACUUGCACUUUCCAAUCUUAAAAAGGCACAUUACUAUGAUUCCUCCAAUUAUCUUACAUCUUAUCAUCUUGCUUUAAUCUAUGCAGAUAUUCGUGAGACAAGAUUAGGAUUAAAAUAUAUUCAUGAAUCACUUUCUAUCAAUAGUAAUGAACCAUCAAGUUGGAAUUUACUAUGUUUAUUGUUAUCAUCAAACAAGACCUAUGAAUUGGCAUAUAGAACUUGUAAAUAUGCUCUUGUCCAAUCACCAAACAACAUUGAAUUGCUUUUGACAAAAGCAAAACUCGAAUUGGCCUUGGAAGAUGGAUCACAAGCACUCCUUACCUAUAGAGGCGCUCUCUCUCAACUAAACAACAAGACAUUGACCUCUACCGAAGAUUGGGACGAAACAGAAAGCAUACCAAGAAAUAGAUAUCAAUCAGGAUCUGCCAGUAUUGUCUCUUUUGAUAUGAGAUCAACGGGCACAGCUUCACAUAGAGGUGGUAUCGCUUCUAGCUCUGAGUUUUCAGCCGAUGGAAACUCAAAUAGCAUCCAAGCUGGUGGAGACCAAGAAUUUAAUUCUCCUCUGGCAAAUGGAACACUCAAAGGUCAAUCCUUGUCUUCCUCUUCCACCACUGCUGCCAACUCUGACUCUAACCUAUCAACUACCAUUAAAAGAAGAGUACAAUUAUGGUUGGCCCUGUCAGAGGCAUUCUCUCAACAAUCAAUGUUUGAUGAUGCUGCAUCUUGUCUUGUUCAAGCAGAUCAAUUGUCACCCAACCAUGCCGAAGUUUAUUACCAACAAGGUGUUUUAUUGGAUCUUCAGGGUAUAAGCCAAGAGGCAGCAUCGGCCUAUCGAAAGGCUUUGGCAAUUGACCCAGGACACACAAACAGUGCAAUCAGAGUGGCAGUUAAUCAUUAUAUCGUUGAUAAAGAUUUGUUACUCUCUGAAAACAAUCUUACAACAGUAUUACGUUCCUAUGAUCCAACGUCUCACCAUGCUUGGUUCCAAUUGGGUGUUGUCCUCAAAGCAAAGGGAGAAAUAGAAAGAGCAUCUGAAUGUUUCAAACGUGCCAUCGAAUUGGAUAAAACUUCACCACUUAUUCCUUAUGAAUCAAUUUCAAGACAUCUCUAA